CAGCAACAUUUGUACAGGAGCGCUUUGAGGAAGAGUGUGGGUCAGUACUGGAGCGGCUGUGUGGUGAGGACAGUUCAACGAAGGUCACAGGAAAGUUCUGAGUGACGUCAUGUACCAGCAGGACCAGGUUGUGUGUAAAUGGAGGACAUGUGUGUAAAACUGACAUGGAGACGACUUUUGGAGACGACGCCUGAAGGAACUCGUUUAACAGCUUUGCUACUUUGGAGUCAGCAAUUCAGGAAGUUUGACUCUGCAAUAUUGGUGUCUGUGUGAGGCAGUGUGUUUUUGUAGGUGUCGGUGUUCUAUUUUUAUACGUAUGAAGGGGGACCCUGCGGUGGUCCCUUACAGGUGUAGAGUUUCCUGCGUGUUUUAAGCGAGAGUUUGUGUGGCGCAUCAUGGCCUCACUUAAUCUUGAAGUCAACUAAGCAUGCGGUUUGGUCCCGGAUGGAGACGUGGAUGUUAUCGAAGCAGAACUGAUGGAUGACAUCAUCAACCGGUCCAGUACAGUUACCAGGCAACAGGAGGGUUUCAGAGAGAAUUGUUUAAGGCUCUAACUACGCCAUGUCUAAUGGUGGGGGUGGAGCCGGAGGGGUGAGUAGCUCCACCCACCUGCUGGACCUAUUGGAGGAGCCCAUCCCUGGCGUAGGAACCUAUGACGACUUCCACACUAUUGACUGGGUCAGAGAGAAAUGUAAAGACCGUGAACGUCACCGCAAGAUUAACAGUAAGAAGAAGGAAUCCGCAUGGGAGUUCACAAAGAGCCUGUACGAUGCCUGGUCUGGGUGGCUGGUGGUGACUCUGACAGGACUGGCUUCAGGUGCGUUGGCGGGUCUAAUAGACAUCGCUGCUGAUUGGAUGAAUGACCUGAAGGAGGGAGUGUGUCUGAGUGCCAUGUGGUUUAACCAUGAGCAGUGCUGCUGGGGGUCGAAUGAGACCACAUUCGCUGAGAGAGACAAAUGCCCACAAUGGAAAACAUGGGCUGAACUCAUCCUGGGCCAGGCGGAGGGACCUGGUUCCUAUAUCAUGAACUACUUCAUGUACACGUACUGGGCUCUGGCCUUUGCCUUCCUGGCGGUGUGUUUGGUUAAAGUGUUCGCUCCGUACGCCUGUGGCUCAGGGAUUCCUGAGAUUAAGACCAUCCUGAGUGGCUUUAUAAUCCGAGGCUACCUCGGUAAGUGGACUCUUAUGAUAAAGACCAUCACUCUGGUGCUGGCUGUGGCGUCUGGCCUCAGUCUGGGGAAGGAGGGGCCACUGGUGCAUGUGGCCUGUUGCUGUGGCAACAUCUUCUCUUACCUUUUCCCCAAAUACAGCAAGAACGAGGCCAAGAAAAGAGAGGUGCUUUCUGCAGCGUCGGCUGCAGGUGUGUCGGUGGCGUUUGGGGCUCCAAUAGGAGGAGUUCUCUUCAGCCUGGAGGAGGUGAGUUAUUACUUCCCGCUGAAGACACUGUGGCGGUCUUUUUUCGCCGCCCUGGUGGCAGCGUUUGUGCUGCGCUCCAUUAACCCGUUCGGAAACAGUCGCUUGGUGCUGUUUUAUGUGGAGUACCACACGCCCUGGUACCUGUUUGAGCUCUUCCCCUUCAUCCUGCUUGGUGUGUUUGGGGGGCUUUGGGGAGCCUUCUUCAUCCGAGCCAACAUUGCCUGGUGCCGCAGACGUAAAUCCACACGCUUCGGUAAAUACCCAGUGCUUGAGGUGAUCACGGUUGCUGCCAUCACGGCCAUCGUAGCAUUUCCAAAUCCGUACACGCGGCAGAACACCAGCGAGCUGAUUAAGGAGCUGUUCACAGACUGUGGGCCGCUGGAGUCCUCUCAGCUGUGUCAGUACCGCAGUCAGAUGAACGGCAGCCAGGCGUACCCUGAGGGGUCAGACGCAGCUUCCACACCCGGCGUCUACUCCGCUAUGUGGCAGCUCAGCCUGGCACUCAUCUUUAAAAUCAUCAUGACUAUCUUCACCUUCGGCUUAAAGGUGCCCUCAGGUCUGUUUAUUCCUAGCAUGGCUAUUGGGGCAAUAGCAGGGCGAAUCGUGGGCAUUGCUGUGGAGCAGCUAGCCUACUACCACCAUGACUGGUUCCUGUUUAAGGAGUGGUGUGAGGUGGGCGCAGACUGCAUCACUCCAGGCCUCUACGCCAUGGUGGGAGCAGCAGCCUGCUUGGGUGGUGUUACACGGAUGACAGUCUCUCUGGUGGUCAUUGUGUUUGAGCUAACGGGUGGACUGGAGUACAUUGUGCCUUUGAUGGCAGCAGUGAUGACCAGCAAGUGGGUGGGAGACGCGUUUGGUCGUGAGGGAAUCUAUGAGUCACAUAUCCGGCUGAACGGAUACCCGUUCCUAGACGCCAAAGAAGAAUUCACACACACCACACUGGCACGGGAGGUGAUGCGUCCACGACGGAAUGACCCACCGUUAGCAGUGCUGACGCAGGAUGACCUGACACUGGCUGAACUGCAGGCGAUCAUCAAUGAGACCAGCUACAAUGGUUUCCCCGUCAUCGUUUCAAAGGAGUCCCAAAGACUGGUGGGCUUUGCCCUCCGCAGGGAUAUCACUAUUGCAAUAGAGAAUGCCCGGCGGAAGCAGGAGGGCAUCAUGCUGAACUCCCGUGUGUAUUUUACCCAGCAUGCUCCAACCCUGCCUGCGGACAGCCCACGCCCCCUGAAGCUCCGCAGCAUCCUGGACAUGAGCCCCUUCACCGUCACUGACCACACGCCCAUGGAGAUCGUAGUGGACAUCUUCCGCAAGCUUGGCCUGCGCCAGUGCCUCGUCACCCAUAAUGGGAUUGUAUUGGGCAUCAUCACUAAGAAGAAUAUUUUAGAGCAUCUGGAGGAGCUCAAGCAGCACAAGGAGCCCCUGACGCCUCCUUGGUAUUAUCACAAAAAAAGAUAUCCUCCGUCAUAUGGCCCAGAUGGCAAACCAAGACCCCGAGUCCAUAAUGUUCAACUAGUGCCCUCCUUCACCAGACAUGAGGAAGAGGAGGAGAGUGAAGAGGAGGUCAGAUUAUUGGACCGGACAUCACACUGACCUUAUGACCCCAUUUUUUGUAUCCUAACCCCUCCUGCACCCUACACACAGCACUAAACUGAGCAGCAGCUGCCCUGGUGGGGAAACCUCUUUCAUACAGGCUACCUUUCGUACAGGCUAUUGGGAAAGACGUCCAUUGACAAGCCCGGCUGCUGAAAGAAGCUUGGAAAUCAGGCGAAGCUCCAGCCCUGCUGCUCUGCCCCACUGAUGGACAUCCACAUGCUAACAUGCUAAAGCUAAGCUAAUGAACUCACACAAAGGCAUGCAACCACAAUGGCGCCACAUGGCCCAGGCACCUUCACCCAAACCCACCUUGUUUGACCUUCCUGACUGAAAGAGGGCUUGUUACUCGUGGUGAAAGGUCAAGAUGAACCGCUCAAUGGCGAGGAGGGACCUUCACAAAGAAGCCUCAACCUACCGCUGUGACCCCUGCCACUCUAACUGCCCUGCCACUACCCCACUGAACUCAACAACCAUUGUUUACCUGUAACACCUGUGUGAGUUUGAAUGAGAGAGCAUGUCUGGGUGAGGAAGUGUAUGUUUUGCAUGUGUUUGUAUGAGAACAAGCAAAAGAAAAGGAGAUCCACCACAUUCCAAUUUCCUACUGGAAUGCUGCUCCCCCCCCCCAUCUGAGAAGAUGAAGGAAGCAGAACGGUUAUGGACGUGUGCUAGCGUAUGGCUGUGUGAGUUAUUGUUUUUCUCUUGAAUGAGAUGACAAAGAAUCAAGCGACCCAUCAAGUGUUUAACAUUGUGACAUGAUCAAAUGUACAAAAAAGCGGAGUAUGGCACCACCUUGUGGAAAGCUACCUGAAGAGAAUUAAUUCUUUUUUUUGGCUUAUAUGUAUGUUUUGUUUGUUUUUUCAACUUUUGACACUAUAAAUGCGCUCUUGAAUUCAACCGUCAGGAGAAUAAAAACAUCAGGUCAGCUACAAUUUGCUGAGACGUUUAAGUGCAUCCAUAAAACUGAGAACUUGUAAAGGUGGAAUUUGUUGCUUUUUGUUACUGGAAAUGGCCAAAAAACACAAAACACAGUUUCUUUUCAAGCAAUUAUUGUUGGUACUACAUUUAGAUGCAUUAAUCAUGUAAUUUAUCAUGUCAGUCCUUGUAAUUUUAAGAAGAAAUGUGACUUGAAUAGUGCACUUUUUUUUAAGGUCCUGCCAUUAUAAAUGGUCGUCGUUCAUCAGUUUUCAUUGUUAAAUGAGAAUCGUCAACCAACAUGCGUCAAGAGUACUUCAUGUUGUUGUUUCUAAAUAGAUUCAUGGUGCAUGGACCACAUUCAUGCCCAGUUUGUCAAAAUGUGACGAAUGUGGUUGUGCUUUCUCUGAUCAAAUUAGAAAAGGAUGAUUGCACGAAGCUUGCGUGAUAAACACUGAUUAAACUUGUUUAAUCAGAAGUGUAGGACCUUUACACUGGAGGGAUAACAGAUGUCCUUGCCCUGUUAUUUUUUUUCUUUUUUGCAUCCUUAUGCACAUUAAGGACUCAUCUGGUACGUUUUCUGUCAUCGGCCAGUACAGUUGUUCUGUUACCUCACAGCACAAACUCAGCUUUUUGUUUGGAAGCUAAUCCUAAAACAUUUGCUAACACUGGAAGUUUCAAAAAGCUGAAAAAACUCAUUUAAAGUCUUUUAAAAGCUUGUGUUGUGACUGGUUCAACUGGAAGAUUCAACCAAGUGGGAAGCCUGUGAUGUGGAAUUUACGCUUGUAUAUCAAUAUAAAAGAGACAACACCAUCCUCAUUUGCAAAAUCACAUGAUCAAACAAGUCAGUAUGUUGGUGUCUGUGACUAAACUAAACACGAGCUCCUGCUUACAGUAACUUGCACCCUUCUGCUUUAGCCACUUGAACUCGACCUGCUUAUGGCUGGAUUCUCCAGACUUGGUUUUGAUGUUUGUGAACAUUGAUGUGCUCAGCGGUGUCAUAGAUCUAUGCUAUCUCUUUAUUUUUUUUAAUGUUGCUUUUUAUCUUUCUUUUUUUUCUCUCUGCUGAAUUACACCUUUUUUAGUAUUUUGAUAGGCUGUCAUUUCUUUCUCCACAAAAAAGCUCUCCUUUGUUUCCAUAGUGACACGCUCGAGUCUUUUCUGCUGAGAGGCUUACAGAGAAGGGAAGGGUCUCAGAGCUCAACUGCAGUUAGUUCUUGUUGGUCAGUGAAGAAAAAAAAAAAAACAAAACUUGUUCUUAUGUUCCUCUCCUGUUUUAUUUAUAUUAGUGCUAGACUUGUACAUUACUGUAAGAA